AUGUCUUCCACCAUACCAGCAUAUGACGAACACACGGGUUCCAUCAAACUGGUCCAAGAUUUUCAAGUCAUUAACGACCUGACCGAUCCAGGUGGAUCGAUAGAGGAGGCCCUAAAUCGUUCAGCAUCCAGUUCUACUACUCCACCUAAAUCACACCCUUUACUCGACAAAUUUUCUAAAUUCACCCAAUUAAACAUGAUAGAUUGCUUUCUGGAAGUCACGUUGGACACUUCGCCCGUUGAACAAAACUUCCCUUGCAUGGUUUUAACCAAGACACGAUACCUGGCAAGUCGCCAGGUUCACGGUACGAUUGAAGAGAAUCGAUUAGCUCGUCCAGUUCGACUCCGUGCAGCUGUAAGAGAAGCGGCUCUGGCAUUAGCACAUUGGAUCCCAACUCUUCAAUCUGGUUGUUUCUGGGCAUGGGAGCGAGUGGGCGAACAGGAUGAGCAUUACUAUCGCAGAUGGUCCUGGUUCAUAGAUCAAGCAGAGGACGGAUCAUCCCACGUUCGACUUGAUCCGUUCACCGAACGAUUCCCAGCGGAGUUCUUGGCCAACACGGACGGUACCAGGCUAGAGCAUUACGAACCGCACACGGAAGGCUGA